UAAACGUGGUUGCUGGGUUCAGGUUGUCAGAUCGCGCCUCGGGACUUGUGUUUAUCCCAUGCAGUGGAUAUGACCUGCUCAGGACUAUGGUUAUUACGCAUUUAUUCUCGCCGUUGUACAAAUGACUGCGAGGUGUGUCCUGAUUUCGGGUUGUGCGUUAAUAUGAUUUCCGUCGUGGGAUAAAUUGGCAACUUUUGCGCACAGGGGUUCACUUGUCUUGGAUCAGUCCAACCACCUGUAAGCGUCUGAAUGGAAAGUAUGUCACCGCAGCAGCACGCAAACAUCAGCCAGAGCCGCUCUUCAUCACUCACUGACGAGACCAACAUGUGCGCACAUCUGGAUAACAAGCGGAGGACGAAGGCCCUGUCUUGCCGCAGGCAGUCUGCUCCUUCCUUGGUCAUCAGCAAAGCACUUACCAGAUCCAGAACAAUAUCCAGGGAUAACAGUCUCUCUCCGGUCAGCCCAGAGACAUGCCUACUGGUACAAUCAUUUCUAAAUCCUUCAAGGAUGUUUAUUGGCCAUGUAUAUGCCCAGCUGAAGACUGGUCUGCAGACCCAGGAGAGGCAUAUGUUUCUUUUUACUGACAUCCUACUCAUCAGCAAAGCCAAAUCUUCAACCAACUUUAAGCUGAAGGCACAGACACGAGUUUGUGAGAUGUGGAUAGCAAACUGCAUGGAAGAAGUGUGUGAGGGGAGUACAUGUCUUGACAAAAGCUUUGUGAUGGGUUGGCCGACUUGCAACUGUGUAGCUACCUUCAGCUCAGUUGAACAGAAAGAGAGAUGGCUUUCUCUUAUAAAAAGUCGAAUAAAAGAGGAGAAGGAGAAAGAUAAUCCAAAAACAAUCCCACUUAAAGUGCACGCCAAGGACAUGGGGAACUUUUCAUAUAAAACCAUCGCUGUGAGUAAUUCUGACAGUGCCAAUGAGGUUAUUCGUCUUGCACUGCAACAGUUUGGGAUUGUGGGUUCUGUGAAGGACUUCCAACUGUGGGUGAGUUCCAGAAAAGACAAUGCUCCUUACCCACUUAUUGGUCAUGAGUUUCCUUUCAGUAUACAGAUGAGCCAUUUAAGAGAGCCUUUGGAUGAAACUGGUGAAAAAAGUGAUGAUAUUACUCCACCUGAAAAACAAUUGGAGCUACUCUUUGAGCAGUUGCAGACAGACAGUCAGUGCCAAUUCAUCCUGAGGCCAAGCCGAGUCUCUGUGGGCCACUCUUUUGUUGUUGAUCCAGACCAGAAGCCAUUCAAAAGACGACGGUCACUUAUCAACUGGGCUUUUUGGCGUGGCUCAACUAAUCAACUAGAUGAUCCUCCUUUAUCCCCCCUUUCAUCCACAACCGAUAAGCUCUUCGGCAUUCCCCUCAGCAUGGUAUGCAAGGAUGACAGUCUUCCCAAACCCAUCAUGGACAUGCUAGUGUUUCUGUUCCAAGAGGGGCCGUUCACUAGGGGAAUUUUCCGGCGCUCUGCUGGGGCCAAAGCCUGCAGGGAGCUGAGAGAUAAACUGGACUCAGGAAUCCAGGUUGUUCCUCUGAGUCGACAGUCCAUCUUUGUGAUUGCUGCUGUCCUGAAGGACUUCCUGCGCAGCAUCCCAGGCAGUCUGCUGUUGUCAGAUCUCUAUGAGAAGUGGAUGGCCACCAUGGAUUUGUCUGGUGAAACAGAGGACAGUCAGUUAAAGGCCAUUCAGAGCUUGGUGAUGUCACUUCCUUCUGAGAAUGUCCUACUACUAAAGCAUGUGUUGGCAGUGCUCUACAACAUUCAGCUCCAUGCGGACGACAACCAAAUGAAUUCCUUUAACCUGUCCAUAUGCAUUUCUCCUAGUAUGCUCUGGUCCCCAGGUCCUAGCACCCCUGAGAUGGAAGAAGAGGGUACCAAAAAGGUCUGUAACUUGACACGGGUAAUGAUUGAAAAUUGCAACGCAAUAAUGGAAGAAGAUGUGACCACACUAUUUGAUGGUUUUCCUCAGAGCUGCAGUCAUAGAUCGGAUGUGUCUUCUUAUCAGAUGACUGACUCCUCUUAUGAUAGUCUUGAGAAUGAGCUGAAUGAUGAAUCUGGAUCACUUUUCCAGCACAUGCAGAGAUCACGAGGCAAGCCAGACAGUUGUAGCUAUGACUCAGUGCUCACACUAAGCGACUGUGACCUGGAUCAAACUGAUACUGACCACGGCAUCACCAUAAACCCACACCUUUUACUCCCAUCACUGGCCAGCUCAGCAAAAACAACCCCAGCUCUAAGGCCAUCCACUUCUCACCUGCUUUCUCCUUGUAAGGAACCGUCUUUUCCUAAGGGUGUUCGUCAGCUCAGACGUUCCUCUGAGCCUGCCAUUUGGAAUUCAACUUCAUCAUUGACCAGGUACCUAGAACGCAGGGAACACCGAAAGGGCAGUUACGAAUCAAUGACAAACCAAGGUAGAAGUGAUGUGGAUGUAGACCUUGGGGUUGAUUUAUACACAUUGAGGCUAGAGAAAAAGUGUGAUCCUAGUCAGAAUGAGAGGAAUGUCCCUCAUCAACCGAAAGAGAAACUGAAACCUUCACCUCUGCAUUUAGAUACCAGCUGUACAAAUCUCUGCUCCCCUGGGACUUCACCAGUACAUUCUUCAGUGAGCUCUCUGGACAGUGCUUCCUCUCAGCACUCUGCUGACUUCAAUAAACAAUGCCCUCUUAUAGUAGGUGGCAUCAAGGCAUCAGUGAAAUCUUCUCCCAGGUCCCCUGGCAUUGUGUCUGAAACUUCUCCUGGUCCAACGAUACCUUCUCCCAAGGAAUAUCCACCUAAAGAGAAAUUAGACUGGAGCCAUUUAAGGAGCAGUCAUGGGCUACAUCCAAAUACCUGGCUUAAGAAAGACCACAGACUUUCUUUGUCUAAGGGAGGCCUGGACGACAAGGACAUUGGUGAUCCACUCCUCCAUUCUGAGCAUUUAUCCAAAACAGGCCUUAGCAAGGAGAAGAGAGUUCAGGAGCCAGGUAUUCCACAUCUUGGGAAAAGAUCUACCAGCCCACUUUGCAAUGAAAAACCCAUGCUUGAAACACAGCAUUCCAGGUCAGUCAAUUCAUCCACCUUGGAAAAAACACUAACAGUGAAAGAACUGAGAGAGAUUCACAAUCAGGCAUAUUCACAGAGUCAACAAACUCAUGUGCAGAAGUACUCUCAGAAAAGCACACCAGGAGAUAAUACCGGCAGUUUGCCACAGUCUCUGUUCUACGGCCAAAGUGUCCGCCGCUUGGCCUUGCACAGAAAGAAAUCCUACUCUCUCAUUCCUGUUGAGGAGAAUUCCACUGUAGCUCCUCUGCUUCAACGUAGAGCAUCUGAACCUGGACAGACUCUCGGGCUGGAUCGGCAGAUAUCAAAAAGUCUGGAGCAUAUCCACAGGCAGGCUGUAGAAACAAAAGACACAUAUUCUGACCCAUCUACUCGUGGAUCUAAAAUGUCUGACCUGGAGCAGGAUGAUAAGUAUAGUAAUCCUAAUUUUGGCUUGUCACCUGCUGCCACAAAGGCUGUACGGAACUACUUCUUUUGGCAAGGAGGUGAAGAUACUGAAAGUAAUCUAAAGAAGAGUCAGGAAGUGGCAUUGGCUGUUGUCCAUGGCAAACGAGAGUGGAACAGGAGGUGUAGUGACACGCAGCUGGAAGACUUUGAAAAAAUGCUUUUCUCUGAGGAAUCUUAUGUUUAAGUUCAUAGGUUCUAAUGCAGUAUUUCCCAAAUUCACUUUAUGCAUAGGCAUCUGAUUCACUAUGAUGUUUGUGGUAAAUGCAAUUGUGUUUUGAACAAAAAAUAAUCAAUAGAUUUUAAUUGUGUAGAGAAAUGUAGGACUAGAUUAGGAAGACACAUCCCUAAAUACAGUCAGCUCCAGAAUGAAUGGUGCCUGGAUGGUGGUAAAGAUAGGUAUAAAACAUUAUGAACGAUUUUGUGAUUAAUUAAUAACCAAUAACCAAAAUAUGAUUCAUAGAAAAUCUUCAUGCAGGACUUUCUGUUUCAUUGGUGUAUAAACAUGAAGUGACUGAAUCAAAUACUUUGAGAAAGUCAUGAGAAAGAUAAAAGUAUUCAUGAGUGAAAUUUGACAAAAUAAUGUGUUGGCCUUCGUAAAAUUAGGCAGUGCCUAUUAAAAUACAUAGAUACCCGAAAUACUCAUAUUAGUGCAAUAUAAGAAAAUUAAAACAACUUUAGAUCCAAUGAACUUGUCUGAAGCACAGUGAGGAGUUUAGAGAGGUAACAUGGGUCACAGUUGGAGUUUUGCAGAAAACAGCUGCAUUUAUUACUUUGCAAGUCUCCAAAUCUACAAUUAGAAGCCAGCUCCAUGCCAACAAACUGUCUGAAAGGCUUGCCAGAAAAGAAAAAAACCUUUCAACUAACCACAAAGUAAGUGCCUGGAGUUUUCUUGAUGCUACUGGAACUUCAACUGGAACAUGUGUACUAGGAUGAGAUGAGAGAUAAAAAAUUCUGAAAAAAAGGCAUUUUGGCAACAAAUAUUAUAGGUGGGUUUUGUCUAAAAGGCAAGUUCCCCAGUAUUAAGUUUGAUGAACACUGUGAUGUAGGGCUGCUUUUCAUCUCUAGGCCCUAAGGAGCUUGUAAAGAUACAGCAUCAUGAACUACAUAAAGUGCCAGGAGCUUUUAAAUGAAGAUUUGACUUCCUCUCCGAAAAGAUACAAGUGGAUCAUGAUGGAUCCAGGAGGACAAUGAUCAACACAAAAACUGGCUCAUUCAAUAAAUAAUCAUGAGUUUGAUCUGCCCAUUCCAAUCCUUUUAAACCAGUUGGAAACCUGUAGGGUGGGAUAAAGUGGAGAGUCCUCUUGAGGUACCUAGGAUCCUGGAGUAUCUGGAGAGAGUCUGUAUGUAAGAGUGCUUUUAGAAUCAUUUCUAUGUAUACUUUAUGGUUUAAAGAUGACUUAGUGCUGUUGAGUUGUCAAUAGGAGACAAGUUCAAGUACAAAAUUCAGGGAUGACAGUAUCUGAUGCAUAUGUAGUAAAAAAAUCGCAAGGGUUUUAAUAAUUUUAGUUUUUUACCCUCAUUUAAAGGGUGCCAGUAAUACUGGUCUGAUUGUAUUAUUAAGGUUUUGAAAUAUCUAAUAGCAAAUGUGGCCAGGUUGUGUAUGCUUACUGUUUCCAUACAAUAAGUUAAAUACUCAGUAUUUCUUUACUUUAAAGUUUUAACAGGACAAAAGCAAUUAUAAUUUCUAGCUACAGAUGUAAGUUGAUUUUUGAUUAUUACAAUAUUCGGCAAAGAAAUGAACCAGAAUGAGCAUGUAUUGUAUUACCAUUGAAAUAACUUUUAAUUUAAAAGUUGUGGUAAGUUAAAUAUAUACAUAAACUGUGUAAACAUAGUUAAUAGAAAAUCUAUGGGGUGGAAAAACAUUACCAAUACUAUGUAAAGUUCUUUAAAGGGAAUUAUUAGUUCAGUUUAUUAGAAUACAUCGCUAUGGGCUUACAAAUUUUGCUUCAAUAUGAUUGAGAGUAUUGAAAAAAUAUAUAUAUAAGUAAUAUGCUUGCUGCUGCAAAGUACAAAUUCCUGUGCACAAACAGUGCAGUUAUGUAAUUAGUUGUCAAUAAUGUGUAAGAAACGUUUUUAUUCCUGGCCACAAACAUGUUGACGCCUGAGCUUCUGCUUUGGUAGGUGUAAAUAAUCAGUUAUAAAUGGUAUUGCAUUGUAUUUGGUGACAGUCAAAGGUUUUGCUUAUUUAAUAAGAUUAAGAUGGUGUGUUGAAUUCUUUAUAUGAAUUUGCUACUGGGAAGGCUUUCUUUCAGAAAACUAAUAAAUGAAGGUGCAGUGUGAGAACAGCACAUCUGGAAGCCAUGUUUCUCAUCUGUAGACAUAGUGUAUAUUUAUAAAAAUCUAAAGAGCAAUGUUUAAAGUAUAUUUUCUUCUCUAUUAAGACAUAUAUUCAGAUUUCUUUUCCCCAUGGCAUUGCUGCCAGUUCUUUAUACUCGUAUUACCUUAUGGCAGGAGUUCUCUCGUUGUACUCUGGAAUGCCACUAAUCCAAAGAACAAAUUGUUUAAAUGUGUACAAUAUAUAUACAUACUUUAACAUGACCAGUCAAGCCAGUUGUUUAAACUCCCUGAUAAAUGAAAUAGCACUGGUUUGUGAUUUCUCUGUAAAGUUAUGCUUUAGAGAGAGCCCACGUUGAAAGUCCUGCCUUUUUAGGAUGAUUAUAGAGAACUUUGGGAGCAGACAUAACUUCUGUGUACAUGUUCUGUCCACUUUAUUAGGCACAUUAGCAAAUUCUUGCAGGUAUCCAAUUGGUCAACCAUGUGGCAGCAAAACAAUCAUGCAGAUCCAGGUCAAGAGCUUCAGUUAAUAUUCACAACAAACAUUGUUUUAAUGUUUGCAUGGCAUGGGGAUUGGUACCAGAUGAGCUGUUUGGAGUGUUUCAGAUACUGCUGAUCUCCUGGGAGCUUCACACGCAACAACCUCAGAACAAUUUACACAGACUGGUGUGAAAAACAAAAACCAUCCUGUGAGCAACGGUUCUGGUGAUGAGAGAAAUCGGAGGACAAUGACCAGACAGGUCCGAGCUGACAGGAAGUUUAUAGUAACUCUUGUAGUAAGCAGGGGUAAAAAGCGUUUUAAAGCAUACAUACAUUAAACAUUGAGAACAAGAAACUAUUAUAGAGACAGAUUUACCGAAACAAGACAGUUGAAGACUGAAAAAAUAUUUGUGUGAAUGAAGCCCAGUGUGAUCUUUCACCUCAUUAUAUAUGUUACAGUAUCCUUUCUGGCAGCUUGAAUCAACCUGGACAUUCUUCUCUGAAGUCCCCUCAAGCCCCCGUUUCCACCCACUGAACUGUCACUCACUUCUAGUUUUUCACACCAGACUGUUAUGAGACUGCUGCGUGUUUCUGAAAUACCCAAACCAGACCGUACUGGUACCAAAACCCAUGCCAUGAUCAAGCACAUUUUUCCUUGAGAUCUGUACUUGCAUAAUUGUUUGCACCAUACUACUGCACCAUGAUUAGCUGAUUAGACAACUGCUGAAUGUGCAGAUGCUUUUAAUAACGAGGACAUGAGUGUAUGUUUGUAUUUGAUUUCAGUUGUGACUUAAGGCUCUUAAUGCAUUUUUGUACAUGCCUGUUAUGCUGCUGUCUUAAACUACUUGCUAUUA